AUGGAUGAGACAGCAGUUGAGCCGCCUAUCACACAAACACAGGGUUUUAGGGCUUUUAAAGGUGCUUUAUACUUCUCACUCUCUUCCUCUUCUCAGCGUGGCUCGAUUUCCUCAUGGGUUAAAGAAAACAUCAAGAAGAAAAGCUGCUGUUUCUAUGAGGAGGAUGACAGGUAUGGGAUUUGUAAGUGCGGAUACCCAAAGGAAGAGCACAGCGAUGAGGCCAUCAAACCAGAGCAUUAUGUGGGAGAAGAAUGGAGCGCUCACACACACAUCAUAGAGAAACCCACUGAUGCAUAUGGAGAUAUCAGAUUUGUGGGCUUUGGACAGAAAACGGGGAAGUAUGUUCGGGUGUCGACGGACACGUCGCCUGAGAGUCUGUACGAGCUGAUGACAGAACACUGGAAACUGCGUCCUCCCAAUCUUCUGAUAUCUGUGACGGGCGGAGCCAAAAACUUUAGCAUUAAGAGUCAACUGAAGGACAAAUUCCGCCGCGGUCUCAUCAAAGUGGCCAAGACCACCGGUGCAUGGAUCCUGACAGGUGGUACACACGCAGGUGUGAUGAAGCAUGUGGGAAUGGCCGUGAGAGAUUACACACUCAGUAACAACUCGAUGGAGGGACAGAUCGUGGUCAUCGGUAUAGCAACCUGGGGUAUCAUCCACAAACGCCACAAGCUCGUUAAUCCUGAGGGUUGUUUUCCUGCGGAUUACAUUCUGGAUGAAGUGGGUCAGGGAGGGCUCUCUUGUCUGGAUAUAAAUCACACUCACUUUCUGCUGGUGGAUGACGGCACUCACAAACGCUAUGGAGUUGAAAUUGAGUUGCGAGCCCGACUGGAGAAACUGAUCUCUCAGCAGCCGUUGGGAAAACGAGAGAGCGAAGUGACGAUCCCGGUGGUCUGUGUGGUCCUGGAGGGUGGACCAGGAACUCUAAACACCAUCUAUAACUCUAUGCUCAACAACACGCCGUGUGUGGUCCUGGAGGGAUCCGGACGUCUGGCGGACGUCAUCGCUCAGGUGGCGUCUCUGCCUGUGGCAAAGGUCACUGUGGUCCUUAUUGACCAGCUGAUGAAGAGGUUUUUUGCAAAAGAGUACAAGACAUUCUCUGAGGUGCAGAUCUUUGAGUGGACCAAGAAGAUUCAGGAUAUAAUCCGCAUGGAUCAUCUGCUGACCGUGUUUCGUUUCGAUGUGGAGAAAAACAGUGACGUCGAUGUUGCCAUCCUGCAAGCUCUGCUCAAAGCCUCCAGGAGCGAGUGUAGCACCAGUCGACAGUCCUGGAAGAGACAGCUGGAGUUAGCCGUGGCCUGGAACCGCGUGGAUAUCGCAGAGAGUGAGAUUUUCACAGAGGAGAGUCAAUGGAAGUCCAGCGAUCUUCACCCGGCCAUGUUCUCGGCUCUUGUGGGAGAUAAGCCAGAGUUUGUGCAUCUCCUUCUGGAGAACGGAGUGAGUGUUGAGCAGUUUCUGGGACAGAAAGACCAGCUCUGUAAACUCUACGCCCAUCUGCCCGCCUGCUUCUUUACGCGCAAGCUGGUCAAACGGGUCCAGGACGGCAGGGGUCGGGCCCCCGGCAGCAAGAUGUCAUUGAUUCACGUGUCUGAAGAAGUGAGACAUCUGUUGGGCAGCUUCACUCAGCAUCUGUACGAUCAGCCAAGUCAGAAGACGACCAGAGAUGAGGUGUCUUUAUCUCUACCAUCUAAAGGGUUGGUUGAGCUUCCGUGUUCUGGUGAAGAACCGAUUGCGGAGACGGUUUCAGAUCCGGGUCGAGAUCUCUUCCUCUGGGCUGUGGUUCAGAAUAACAGAGAGCUGGCAGAGAUCGGCUGGGGACAGUGCAGAGACUGCAUCGCAGCCGCUCUGGCAGCCAGUAAGAUUUUAAGGAAACUGGCUGAGGAGAGUGGAGAACAUGACGGUGAAGAAGCGAAGGACAUGAGAGAACACGCUGACCACUACGAGACUCAAGCCAUCGGUGUCUUCAGUGAAUGUCACGCCUGGGAUCCUCAGCGAGCUCAGAAACUGAUCAUCCGUAUCUCACCGUCGUGGGGCAGAAGCACCUGUCUGUGGCUCGCUCUGGAGGCAGACGACAAAAGAUUCAUCGCUCACUCAGGCGUUCAGGCUCUUCUCACACAGAUCUGGUGCGGCGAGCUGUCGGAGGAAAAUCCAUACUGGAAAAUUCUGCUCUGCAUGAUCUGUUUUCCUCUUAUAUACACCGGCUUCUUGACCUUUAGACGUGAUGAAGAUAUUCAGAGAGAGGCAGAGAAGACAGAGCAACAGAAACUGACCCUUGGUUCUGAAUACACAGACUCCAAGAUCAAGCAUCAUUUACGCUCUUCGCAGAAUUCUUCACUGACGCCUCUGAACUGUGGCUCCAGGUUCAAGACUUUCUUUAAUUCUCCUCAAGUGAAGUUUUACUGGAAUAUCGCAGCAUAUUUUGGCUUUCUGUGGCUCUUCGCCGUGGUGCUCAUGAUCGAUUUUCAGACAUCUCCAUCAUGGAGAGAACUUCUCCUUUACAUCUGGCUGGGUUCACUGGUGUGUGAGGAGGUUAGACAGCUCUAUCACGACUUUGAUGGUUCUGGUUUUCGUAAGAAAGUAAAGCUGUAUAUCAAAGAUGUGUGGAACAUUCUGGACGUGCUGUCAAUAGUGCUUUUCAUCUCCGGCCUGGUGUGCAGGCUUCAGGGGUCCAGCGCCGUGUUUUAUGUGGGUAAAAUUCUUCUGUGCAUCGACUUCAUCAUAUUCUGUCUGAGACUGAUGGCCAUCUUCACCAUCAGCAGAACCCUGGGACCCAAAAUUAUCAUCGUCAGGAAAAUGAUGAUGGAUUUGUUCAUCUUCAUGUUUCUGUUGAGUAUCUGGGUGGUGGCGUACGGUGUGGCUAAACAGGGCAUUCUGAUUCAGAAUGAAGAGAGACUGGACUGGAUCAUACGCGGUGCUGUAUAUGAACCAUACCUCAUCAUAUUCGGAAACAUCCCCACAAAUAUAGACACCACUCAGUUUGAUAUGAACAGCUGUAGUGUAAACGCCUCUGAUCCCAUGAAGCCCAAAUGUCCCUUUCUGAAUGAUGAGAACAUGCCGGCGUUCCCUGAAUGGCUGACCAUCAUUCUGCUGUGCGUCUAUCUGCUGUUCGCCAACAUACUGCUUCUCAACCUCCUCAUCGCUAUCCUGAGCUACACCUUCCAAGAGGUUCAGGAUAACACGGACACCAUCUGGAAGUUCCAGCGCUACGAGCUGAUUAAAGAAUACCACAGCCGUCCCGCUCUCCCUCCGCCCUUCAUCCUGAUCAGUCAUCUCAUCAUCUUCAUCCGAAGAGUCUUACUGCGCACCCCACAUCUAAAACACAAACACUUCCGCCGAGAGCUUGAGAAGACAGAAGAAGAGGAGCUACUGUCAUGGGAGGCUUUGAUGAAGGAAAACUUUCUGUCAUCUGCACGUCAGGAGGAGAGUCAGAGCAACGAGCAUCGAAUCCAGGACACGGCUGAGAAAGUUGGAGUGAUGUCAGAACUCCUGGAGAGGGAACAGGAGAUGGUUUCCUCUACGAUGGCAAAACGACUCGACAAGCUGGAAGAUCAGGUGUCUGAAUCCACCAAAGCUCUCCGCUGGAUUGUGGAUGCUCUGAAAUCUCAGGGAUACAAAUCCAAACUGGAGCCGCCUCUUUUGAAAGGUAAAAGCUGUGACAGGGAUGAUGGUGAUUCCAGUGGACAGGAGACAGAAUACGAGUCUCCUCACAUGUUUGCACGUCAGCUGCAGUAUCCCGGCAGUAAUGUGACACGCUUCCCCGUGCCCGAAGAGAAAGUGUCAUGGGAGACAAACUUCACGCCGUAUCUUCCUCCAGUUUACAAUCAGCAGGAAAGCGAUAACAGUUCAGACCCCUCAGUUUUAGACAAGUACAGGAAUCCGGGGGGGAGGACUGGGAUGCGGGGAAAGGGGGCUCUUAAAUCCCUCGGUCUGAAUCAAAAAUUCCACCCAAUCCUCACCAGAUGGUGUGAUGGAAAACCGGCAAAGCUGGAAUUUCUCGCCGUCUGGAAGGAGGCAGAGAUGGGCUGGUGUCUUCCAGGGGAUCAAGUGAAAGCGAAUGAGCCUCUGCCACAGACACUGGAGAGGAUUCUGGGUAAGAAGUUAGAUGAGGGGACCAAAUCUGAACUGCAGGCUGCAGAACAGGUCUAUGAGGGUUAUGUAGAUGACAGUAGAAACACAGACAAUGCCUGGCUAGAAGUCACGAUUGUCACACUUCAUCUUGACAAACACAGUCCAGUGAUGUCACAGAUAAACAGUAUUGUGGAAUCUCAUCAGUCUCUUCAGUGGAAAGAAGUGAGCAGGAAAACAUGUGCGUGUCCGUACCAGCGUGAGGCUUUACGUCUCAUUGCUCAGCUUCACGAAACAGACUUCUGAUCCUCACGAAAACAAACACGCUAUAACAAAAACUACGACUGUGCAUUUAUUUAUUCAGUGAAAUGAAACUUGAAUGUGAUUUUUUUAUCAGGGUGCUUAAGCAGCAAUUUUUAAAUAAGAUUUUCUCAAAUGCUCUCAUCAUCUGCCAUGUGUCUGACAUUUUGACACACUUGUCAGUAGUUCAUUAUUACUCAAAUUCAUCGACUUAAUUUCGUAAGACAUACAGCUAGUAUAAGUAAUCUUAAUCAGUUUUGCUGUUUUUUUCUUUAAUCACUUAGUGAGCUGUCAAUGCAGGAUAGUGUCGAGUUAUCCAGAAUGAGGAUGCUGUGAUGUAAAACUAAUGCUUAUUGUAGAUGACCGUGGAUAAAUAGACAAAUACACUUGAAAUAAAUGAUGUGCAUAAUUAUGCUUAUACCACAGCCUUUUUAAAUAGUCGAUUCUGAUUGGCUGGAAGGUGUGCAUUAAAACCCUUUACCUCACAAGUAGCUCCAGUAAGUUUGAUUCAAUUUGAGAUUUAACUGAUAAAGUCACUGUAAUUUUCACCUGUUUGAUCAAAAAUUUCACUGCUAACAUCAAUUAAAGAUUUAACUGGGCAAAUGACCAUGGUAUAAGCAGGAUGAUCCACAGCUAGCCAUGCGUUAAAGAGAUUUAAUGUACUUCGCAGAGGCAACCACACUCCGCUUCGCGCCGGGUGGUUCUUGGCCUCAACAUCGUGCGUUAAAACCCUUUAACGCACGGCUAGCUGUGGAUUAUCCCUUAAUUAUUUCACAGUUAGUUACCAAAUAAAUAAAAGACCUGAAAUAUUGAUUAGAAAAUAUUUGACUGCAGAAUGAUGUUAUUGGCCGAUCACAAUCUGGUAUUCCAGAGAGUCAUGUCAUGAUUUAUAAAAGACCAUUUUGUUCAAGUUAUGAUCUACAAAAUGCAGGUACACCAAAGAAUGGAAGUUCAAAAAUGUAAUGAAUCAUAUUCUUUAAAUAUAUAAGCACUUAUAAAGCUGUUAUGUAAUACUCUUAUAUUAUAGAGG